GACGUCGAACACGCUGACGUACUGACGGUGGGCUUCGAGCUAGACGGCGUGAAGCGUAUCCUGGACCUGAGAUUGAACGUUGAUCUAAUUCCGGUCGGAUAUCAGCAGCGUCAUCAGCACCGGGGCACGUACAAGGUCCACACACCCGCGAACAUCGAACUGUGCCACUAUCAGGGCAGCGUUCGCGACGUUCCCGGAUCUUGGGUGGCGUUGUCUACGUGCAGAGGGUUGCGCGGCGUCGUUUACGACGGCGAGAACCUUCAUCACAUCCACCCGGACGAAGGGGAAUCCUUGGACUCGGAGCAUUACGUCUACAGGCACAGCGAUCUUGUUGCGAAUCACACAUGCGCAUAAGAGAGCUGCUGAAGCGAUUCGAGGACCCUACAACGCGAACAGGCAUUCCCGAUACGUGGAGUUGGUCCUCGUGAUCGAUAAGAAGGAAUACAUCGCCCUCGACGAGAACAUGGACAAGGUGUAUCAACACUGCAAGGAUAUCGCUAACAUUAUUAAUGCAUUGUACAUGCCACUGAACAUAUUCAUCGCGUUAGUCGGGGUGCAAGUUUGGUCUGACGCGGAUGAAAUAACACUGUCUCCAAAUGGGGACACCACCCUCUCGAAUUUCCUUCGAUACAGGAGGGAGAAGCUAGUCCAGGACAUGCCGAACGAUAACGCUCAGCUGUUGACCCGAAUCACAUUCGAGGGAGGCGUGGUUGGUAAAGCACUUAAGGGACCAAUAUGUACGUAUGAAUUCUCCGGUGGUGUCUCAAUGGAUCACUCGAAUGUCGUAGGAUUAGUAGCAGCCACAGUGGCUCAUGAAAUGGGUCACAAUUUCGGCAUGGAACACGACUCGGCAGAUUGCGAGUGCCCCGAGGAAAAAUGUAUCAUGGCAUCGUCGAGCGGUUCGCUGGGACCGACGCACUGGUCCACUUGCUCCCUGGAGCAUCUGGCUCUGGCGUUCGAGCACGGCAUGGAUUAUUGUUUGAGAAACAAACCGCAGAAGCUGUUCGAUAGCCCGAUUUGCGGUAACGGAUUCGUGGAACCUGGCGAGCAGUGCGACUGCGGCCUGAAGGAGAACUGCGACAAUCCUUGCUGCAACGUGACCACCUGCAUGCUGCAUAGCAACGCGAGCUGCGCCACCGGCGAGUGUUGCGAUCUGAAAACUUGCCGGCCGAAAACGGCGGGCACCGAGUGCAGGAGCGCCGAGCACGAAUGCGACCUGCCGGAAUACUGCACCGGCCAGAGCGAAUACUGCCCCGUCGACGUGUUCAAGAUGGACGGUGAAUCGUGCAGCAUGGGGAAAGCGUUUUGCUACCAGGGCUCGUGUAGGACUCACAAUGACCAAUGUAAACUGUUGUGGGGGCCGACCGGCACAUCUUCCGACGCCCAAUGCUACGAGAUGAACAAUAAAGGCACGAAGCACGGCAAUUGCGGUUACAACAGAGUCGAAUCCAGCUACGUCAAGUGUACCGACGAAAAUCUUUUGUGCGGAAUGCUUCAUUGUAAACACCUGAACGAAAGACUCGAAUUCGGUAUGGAGUCCGUGGCGAUUCUCAGCCAUUCGUUUAUCAACAACGGAGGCAAGAUCAUACCCUGUCGCUCGGCUAUUGUGGACUUAGGAUUGAACCAGGUAGAUCCUGGCCUCGCUCCGGAUGGUGCCAAGUGCGCACCUGGAAAGAUGUGUGUGAAUCAGAAGUGUAUGCCGGUGGCCGAUUUGCGCGCUUCCGUAUCCGGAGGGAAAGCGUGUCCUAAUAAUUGCGGGGGCAACGGAGUGUGCAAUAGCCUCGGCCAUUGUCAUUGCAAUCGCGGCUUCCGGCCACCUGAUUGCACCCAACCUGGCGUGGGUGGGUCCGAGGACAGCGGUCCGGCGGAGGAUCCAAACGCGAGAAACGACUUCAUAAUGGCCCUGUACAUUAUCUUCUUGGGGAUCGUGCCGAUGAUCGCACUGUCCUCGUUCGGCAUCUGGUACGUGAGAAAUCCUGGCCAGCACUGGAAGAAGAGCAUGAUGUCAACGUACGUAUCCAAUCUCGACCGCGUUACAGAGAAAUGCAAACCGCAUGCCUUUGCGUCGCGCGGUGCUCGUAGGUCGAAUCCUCGUAGUCACAGGCUCGGUAAAAACUUUUACGAAAGGUUCGUCAUUUUCUUCUCACCUCGGCGAGAGGGUUCUCGGAACUCGGAUAGAAUAUUCACGGUCAGCGACAAUCUUCCGCCGAAGGAGAAGCUUCAGAUAACUAAGGCCGAUCUGAUAUCGACCACUAACCCAGACGCCAUUAACUGCAGCAACAGCAUCGCGAUGAGAAAAUCGAUGUUGCUCGGCAACGUGGAUCAGAGCGUCGGCAAUAAGAAACCCGACGUCUCUGGCUCCGAUCAAACUGCUCAACCUUCGUUCGUAGAGGGCCAAGCGAGGAAAAAUUCCAUUAGGACGGAAUUAGGGACGAAAAUAGCGGAACGUAUUCAACAGAUGCAGAAAAAGCCCACGAAGAACAUCAAAGGGCUGACGCUUAAAACGGAGGUGAAAUUCGAGCAUCUGAACGAAAGUCCGAGUAAUAGUAGCACUGGCAUUACGCCAAGGACAGGUGACCCCUUAGUGCCCGAUAAGAAGCCAUACUUAAAGGCACCUGCUCCCUUUUACAACAAAAAACCGCCACCUCCGCCAGCUCCCGCUCAAAGUUUGAAACCAAAGAUUUAAACUCUUUUCCUUUUAUCCCGCGAACUGUCUUACUCGAGUUCUCGCAUUCUUUUGUCCGUCAUGUUUCUCCUUCACUUCAGUUGUGUAUCCCCGUUCCUAGCCCAUUGGUGACCAAACGACGAAAUAAUUCGUGAAAGUUGCGACUUUGGUCCUUAAUGGGUUAGUUUGGAAUGUCCUUUUUUUUCUUUUAGUGCGAAGGUCGCAGCAAAAUUUUCACACGAGAGAGCUAUGACCUUUGCAUUAUGGCGUACAGGGUUGAGAAUAGCGGUGGCGGUUAAUUCAAUUGAAUCGUUUCGUCAAAUCGUUGCCAAAACGAUCUUAAGAAGCACAACUGUGAUUUUUAAGUUGUAUAACGUUGAUUGCAAUAAUACGAAUACUCUGUCGCAGGGCUUCUUCCAUGAGGAUAGAAUUUAUGUAUUUAAUCUCCGGGCACCGCGUAACCCCUGAGAAAAAGUCCUGCCAUUAGCACGUUUGCUGUGCACGUUUUAAACAGAGCACUCCAAUAAUAUUUUUUUAAAUGAUCGAGCAGAAAUAUAUAAUUUUUGUUUUAUUUGUAACGUAGAUAUCGAGGCGAAUAUUUCGCGUGCAAGUGAUUUAUUUAUUCACUUGAAGAUCACAGGGAAGGAACGUGAUAAGCAAGAUUUCCUAUCUUUUUACUGCCUUGUCGAUCAAUCUCAAUUAUCAUUUCAUUUAGUUUUUUUUCAUACUCGUUAAAAUUUGGAAAAUAUAUUUUACUCUUUAUAAAAUAUAAAAAUAUUAUUCGUCUUAAUUAUAUAUCUUUUGUUUCCACAAAACUUCAUCAACUUGUUAUUUUUAAACGUUUACAUCUUUGAACCUAACAAGUUCAUCUUCAUUUUCAAUUAUUCAUUGUCAUAAAGUUAGGAAGUCGAGGAAAAUAUAAGCGCCCGUCGUGUCCUUCUCUUGUGAUCCUCAUUUAUUAUUAUUAUUUCACGCUCAAGCAAUUUACAUUAUGUGACGUAAUAUAAUUUUAAACUGUUACAUGUAAAUGCAAUUCAAGGUAUGCAUAUUACGUCAUGUGGUAGUAUUGUCGAAAAAUAGGUGAUAAUAAAAUAGAACGAGAACGGCUCUCUACUGAUUCAGACAACGUGAACAAGCGAUACUUUGCGAUAUCUGUGGCCAAUUAAUUGCCACAUUAUUUAGUCAAUUGAUAUAUAAACGAGCGAAAUCACGUUGCAAAGAGAAGUUGAGAACCGUAAUAUAGAGCAUGCAUAGAAAAUUAAUGUUACACAAGCAUGAGCAUGUGUGAGUUUCUUUUCGAUGGCUUUUGCAUUUUAAGAUUACUCGUCUCAGAUUGCUCGUCAUUUGCAAUGGAGUUGAUAAAAUCAGUAUUAACGGUCACAUACGAUGAUUUUAAUGAUUCCCGAUUCAACACUUACAUAUAACUCGACGUUUGAUAUAUUUUAGCGAGCAAUCGUUCGAAUUAUUCAGAUAUUUCGAGCAUCACAACAUACGAAAACCACACGAGGGAAGCACGACGAGUCCUUUUUCAUUGUCUUUCUGAUUUUUUUCUAAAACUAAUACUCACAGUAAGUAAAUACUCACAGUCAAUUUUGUACAGAAAAAUCUAGUGUUUCAACAAUUGAUAUUUUAUGAAAUAUCAAACUGAGAGAAAAAUAUCUAAUCGUGCAAAGUCAAGUAAAAAGAUAGAUUAUCGGGAUUGAUCGGCAACAUAACGAAUCUCAAAACGAUCGCUCCGUAAGAAAGCAGAAAAUACGACUUAAAAUGCUGUCCCCCCGUGGUUCUCGAAAUUGUUCACACACCCGAACGGAUCAAUUGUAUAAGUUUAUUGAAUAAACGUAGUGUUUCAUACAGAAUCUACAGAUUUUUCUUAUGUAAUCAAGAAUCUUCCUUCCUCCAGAGGGCUUGCUACUAACACUUUAAUCUUUGACUAACUUUCCCUGCAAGUGUUACCGCAUGCGUUCGAACGAUCUCCGCGUCUGAAUGAUUGCGUUUGUCGGGCACGAAUCUGUUUCUUCAUUACAAAGCUGCAUGUGGAUUGCACUGUGUGUUGCGAUGCGAGUCAGGGUAAGACUGGGUUCUUAGAAAUCAGAAAUCAGAAAUCUUGGUUUGUGGUUUGACUGUAGCGUGUGCUUUGAACACCUGGAUUCCCCCCAAGCUUACGAUUGUGCU